GGAAAUCUGAACACAUGCAGAGGCAUAUGAAGUUAUAAAUAACAUGGGCUCUUGCACUUUUAUUCAUAGAUGGAGCAUAUGACUCUGUACCUUGGAUCUUAUCGGCAGAAACUUGAAGCUGUGCCAAUACCGCGAGUCGAGAGCACAAAGAAACCAAUAAGUUUACUCAAGUCUGUCAAGAAGAUAUUAGAUAUUCAAUACCGAACCGGGCUUUCUGGUGACUGCGCUACGUUAUGUAGAACAAAUGGACUGUAUGUUAGAAAUCUAGUUAAUUCUUUACUCUCCAUCAAGUCUUGCUAACAGAAUUCAUCGGAAAAACGACAUAAGUCUUGCUUAAUAUGCGUACAUGGGACUAAACGGUGACCAUUCUACCCAUCAAUACAAAUAAAUGCUAAAGUUAGACGAUCAUAUGACUCAUGAGUUAAAAGACACAUUUCAAGAUGUAUCUACAUCUAGUAUUGAAAACCGAAACUCGGCCAGUCAUUCUCGCCAAAAUCUUGCUGGUGGAUCCGGAGUUUUUGCAAAUUUCUUCGAAGAAAUGGCCGAACCACUUUCUUACCAAUCCUCAAAUCUCAUUGAUGAAAGGCAGAGUAAUAUAUCUACAGAGGACUGUAAAAUCCAAACACAGAGUAGCGAGGUGAAGGAGGGCAGUUCCCCUAUGCUGCGUGAUGAGAUUAGUCCUAUGGAAGCUUUCUACGGUGAUAAUGCAGAUGACGACCUGAAAAUUCUUGAACGAUAUCGUUUGCUCGUUAAUUCUUAUUCUGAUUCUAAACCAUGCCAAGAUGAAUCUCAGCUGAGGCAGUUAUCUCAUGAUGAUACACUAAAACGUGGUGGACUACCACAUGGCGUAACAGAAUACAAUCCAACUGAUUUAAGUAGCCCGUUGUGUAUGUCAUACAUACAUAGAAGUAAACCACCUAAAGUAUUAGCCAAUCGUUUUCUGCUUGGUUCUACAAUUGGGCGAGGAAGUUAUGGAAAGGUAAAAGAUUGUAUUGAUCUGUUUACACUUCGACGUCAUGCUGUAAAAAUUAUUAGUAAACUAGGUGUACGAAAAAUUCCCGGUGGUUGGAGUCAAGCAUUACAUGAAGCUAGUUUAAUGCGAAGAUUAUCUGCUUGUCGACAUGUGGUUUCAUUAGUUGUUGUAUUACGAUUAGAAAAUCCAGAUAGAUUAUGUUUAGUUAUGGAGCAUUGUCUUGGAUCAGUACAUGAUUUACAAGCUUCCGGUGUACCAUCUCAUACAGCUUUAAGUUCAGAAAAUGAAUUUGAAUUAGAUGAAUUCAAUGCUAAAUCAUCCUCUCCACGAUUAUCAUAUUUUAAACAUCAACAUGGACAAUCAUCAGAUGUUGUAUUAAAUGAAAACAUUUCAAAAGAUAAAAGAAAAAAUGUUGAUUCUUCUGAAAAGUUGAAUAAAUCUCGUCGAUUUCAUCCUAGAUUAUCAAUGGGAUCUACACAGAUCAAUCAAGAAACAGAUACAAAAUUUAAUAAAUCAAAAAGUCGUAAAACAUCAUCCAUAGAACAACCAACAAGAAAACGUACAUCCUCUCAACAACAACAACAAUUUCGUCGACUUCCUGAAGCACAAGCGCAUGCCUACUUUUUACAGUUAAUAGACGGUUUACAUUUUCUUCAUCGUAACGGUGUUAUACAUCGCGAUAUUAAACCAGCUAAUUUAUUAUUAACACCUGCACCAGGCUGUGGUUUAAGUGGUUUUGGCAGUCCAAAUGGUACCAUGGAUUUACCAGAUCAUAAUUGGUUAUGCAGUACGGGUAGUCAAUCAGCGUUUUGUCAACGUUCAUUGGCUAAUUUAUUAGCAUUAUCACGUGGUUGGUUGGUGAAGUUAACUGAUUUCGGCGUAUCGGCAUCAAUUUCAGCAUUUAGUACAAAUGAUAUGGUUAGUGGUGGUCAAACUACACCAGCUGUACAACCUCCAGAAGUCGCCAAAGGUGUACAAUCAAUAUUUGAUGGUACUAAGUUAGAUGUAUACAGUGCUGGUGUAACACUUUAUUUCAUGCUUACUGGUCAUGUACCAUUUUCAUGUCAAAAUGUACUACAAAUAUUUGAAGCAAUUGUUAAAGGAGAUUAUACAAUACCAGGAUAUGUAUCAACCAAUGCAUCAGAUUUGAUUCGGAAAAUGAUGCAGAAAGAUCCUAAAAAACGUUUAACUUUAUUGCAAAUUCGUCAACAAACUUGGUAUAUACAAGAUCCACCAACACCAAUGUCUGUGGAAAAAAUUAAAAUGAAAUUACGCAAUGAAUUAUCACAUAAUCAACAAUUAUCAAAUAAUGAAUCGCCAACACAUACAUUAAUUCAUUAUCAUAAACGACAACAACAACAACGUGGUAUAAUCUGUUGGCUUGAUCCAUUAAUUUAUCUACGUCGAUGUCAUUCUGAAUAUCCUUUACCACAUAUUGAUGAUACUGGAGCUAGAAUAUUUGAUAUAGAUGAAAUAUUCAAUAAUUCACCAAAUCAAACAUUUACUAGUAGUAAUGAUAAUGAUAUACAAACAUCUUUAUCAAAUAUGAUUAUCAGUGAUAAGGAUGAACACUUUUUUAAUAAUCAUGAUGGUAUUGCACCGAUCUCAGUGAUUGAUCGUUUAAAGGUAUUUCAUGAUUUGGAUGACUAUGAAGAGUAUAGUAGACCAGAAGAUAUGUCUAGUUUUUACUAUUCACCUGAAGCAUGUUUACAAUAUUCCAAUGUUGAAAAACAGCUGGCCAACUUAGGUAUUGGUUCACGAAUGGAACCUGGUUCGACAAUCACAAAUUAUCCAUAUGUAUAUAAUAAUCUUUCAAUGAAUUAUUUACACUCUACUAGCCCUAUUCAUUUAACAGAAGAAACUAGUCGUCGAUCUGCAAAUAUUUGUCAUCCGAUUGACAACGUUCCAGAUAAUGUUGAUAAUAAUAGUAAUAUUAAUAAUAAUAACAAUAGUGAUAAUAAUAAUGGUCAGUCACACUAUUACUUUUUACCAUCAGAUCAACAACAAUUAACUACUCAUCAAUCUAAACGAGAAAAAUCUUUAAAAAGUAAUAUGACACCACAACCAUAUUGGUGUCUAGAUCUUGGUGUUCCAGUGUAUGAAGCUAUACAACCUAUCAAUAAUAUGAAUGAUGUAUCGGAACCUCCAGCUUCUCCAGCGGAUUUACCAAUUUCUAUUCCUACUACUUACAGACUAUCUAAAUUUGCAAUAAAUCCCAAUGUAACAAAUCGAACUGGUAGUCUACCAGGUCCUAUAGCAUUCAUUCCAUCCGAUUUAAAUGUACCUCGACAAAUGCAGAAUAGUGUCAAUAUAAAUAAUUAUAAUAAUAACAAUAGUAAUGAUACAUUAAAUCAAAAAACUUGGCAUUAUGGUUUACGACCUAUUAAUAGUAUACCAAGAGAUUUUGUUAAUUUCACUUGUUCAAAACAGCAACAACAACAACAACCACAUCAAAAAUCUACCAAUAUCAUUGCUAUUGAUCCUGAUCAAUUAUCUAAUCAUUUGAAUAUAGAUUUUGAUCAAACUCAUAUAAAUUCAACAUUGAAUAGACAAGAACAACAAUUUAUGAAAAGAGAUUAUCAUUCAACUAAUACUAAUCAUUUGAAUAGAUUCAAUCAAUGGUUUUUCAAUCCAUUCAAUUCAUUUCGUAAUCGAAUAAAAAGUAUACGAUUUAAAAAAGAUGCUUCAAAUAAUUGUCAAACUACUACUAAUACUACUUAUACUACUACUACUACUAAUAAUAAUAAUAAUAGUUAUUCACCAGUUGUUUCAACGACCAAUUCUACUUCUUCAUCUUCUAAUACUAUUUAUUAUAGAAAUGUGAAUAGUGCUACAGAAUUAACUUCAACUAUUGAAAUCACAUCAUCAUCAUCAUUACCUAAAAUUCAAAUAGAUGAUAUUUCUAUUCAAUCUACUGGAACUUUACCAAGAACACGUAAUCGAUUAAAACCUUGUUCACGUAUAUUUUCACGAAAGAAAGUUACAGGAAGAAAAUAAUAAUUAUUAUUCCCGUUGACAUUGUUGUCGUUAUCAUCGUCUGUCUGUGUAUGUAUUCAUGCAUGGAAUGUAUGUAUGUAUUUUUUUUUUACAUGUAUAUCAAUUUCUUCAUAUAUAGAGUUGGGUAGAAGCGAUACAAGAUCUCGUUUUUCGCACACACACACACACACAGUAUAUAUAUCCUAUUUGUUAUUAGUGUUGUUGAUGUCGUCGGUUUAUCGAUUUCCUGUUCACAUGAGUUUUCUUUGAUUCUUCUCCCCUAUCUCCAAUACCAAUCAUGAUGAUGAUGAUGAUGAUGACUUGAUUACACGUUUUUUUUUAUUUUAUAGUACAUAUAGCAACUCAAUAAUGCUAUUUAUUUGAUCAUUUUUUUGUAAAAUCUAUUUUGUACAAUUUAUUCACCAACUGGCUCUCUAUUAUUAUGUUUUAUUAUACGGAAUAAAAAAUGAUGACAAUGUUUAAUGUCCCAAUAGCUAGCUUUAUGUCUGUUUGUUUGGUGAGUUUUUUUAAUCACUGCGUUUGCUCACUAGUGUGUCCAAUAAUUUUUGUGUGCUAGAGGUUGUUUCUCUUUAUCACCAUCUCGUUUAUUUCAUUUUCAUGCUCUUCUUCAUUGUAUUCCUCUUUUCCUCACUCACUCACUCACUCUCUCUCUCUUAGGUUCUUUUUCCAAAAUUUCAGUUACCGUUGUCGGUAUAGAAUUAUGUUUCUGUUUUUCCCCUUUACAUCUUCACACAAAACUUGUCUCAUUUGUAAAUAGUAUGUAAAUUUUAACUGCACACACACACACACAUAAAGAUGAUAGUCGUGUAUUUAUGCCGAGCAUUUUUUUCUCAAAUCAAAACUUCUCAAAUUAUCUCUAAUGCUUUUACAAUUUCUCUCGAUUUCUGCUUCCGUUUUAUCCUUAAUCAUCAAUUGUCUUAUAGAACUGAAAACAUAAGUUUCUCGGCUUAGUUUAAUUCCUUUUCUCAGUUCAGCAUGCAACUUUGUUAGCAAUUACGAUCAUUAUUCUUUCGUAAUGUUCCAUAGUGUGUGUGUAUGUGUGUGUGUUUACACGCGUAACUUUAUGGUCAUGUGUAUACCCUGCACACCUAGAUUGUUCCAGUGAUUGCACACAAAUAAACUCACAUUCACACGCACAUCACCUAUCCAAAAUGCCUAUAUGUAUUUUUUUAUUGUUUAAUGUCCUGUGUUACUUACGAGUAGUAUGAUUUGAGUGAAAACAAUUCCUGAGUACUUUGUUUUCAGUUUGAAAAUUCAUGCUUAUAUGAGUAAUGCAUUACUAGGCUUAUUAUAUAUAUAAUCAGUGUAAUUGCAACAUUCUUCUGCAAUUAUUCGUUUUUUGCGUUGUUAAGUUUUUAAGCUUGGCGAUUGAAUGAUAUAUCAUUCUGAACAACACCAUCAAACGCCUAGUUGAUAUGGAAAUGAGUUGUUUAGUUAUUCCACAUACAUUAACGUAGUUUCUCCUAAUCACAUUCUUUAUAAAUGGUUGUGCUUUUAGGUACUGCUAUCCUCAUUUUUCCGUGUAUUCCUAUUGAUUAUCGUGUUCGGCUGACCUCUAACCAUGUGACUGAUUGACCUCUUUCGUCAAAGUUGUUAAAAUGAAUCGGUCUGCCUAUUCAUUACCGAUAAAUGAGAAUCCUACGCUUUUACAAAUUCCUUAGCAUUUUCAACGUUCUCUCGAUCUAGAGUUUUGAUAUAUUUCUGUUUGAUUGCAAACAACAUAGGGGUAGUUUAUAACUUCUUAAUCUUUUCUUUUCAUUACGGGAUCAAUUGCAUUUAUUCAUGCAUGAUCAAGUCUUCAGAAUCCUAAUUAUUUAUUUAUUUAUUUGAACAUUGGUACAAGGGGGCACCAAAUACAUAUAUGCCAUACAAUAACAAUGAAGCCAGUAGUAGUUAUCAUUGGUUUGUGUGAGCGCUAUGAUUCUGCCCGGGUACCCAAACCGAAACAGGUGAUUUUCAUAAGCGGCCAUUCCCUGAGCCUUCGACUUACACAAGUCAGUGGAACAACGUUAGGAGAUGCAGUCUCAUGGUAGCCGGUGACCAACAAUAGGUUCAUAUGCCACUUGUCCCCCCCAGGAUACCGUAGCCCAUGUGCACCAUUGGUUUGG